UUGUAGUUCUUAGUCACAGCUAGUCUACUCCGGCAUCAGUCUGUGCUUGUCUACCGCUGCCUGUGUAUGUUUGGUGUUUGAUGAGGUUUGGAAAUAAGAGGAAAUGUGGUCGUUUUUUGCCAGAGAUCCCAUCAAAGACUUUGCUUAUGAAAUUCUCCCGGACAGCCCGGAAAAGUCCGGAAUCUGGACUCUGCAUCGGGGGAAACGAAAGACUACAGGAGAUCCUGUCUCUGUGUUUGUCUACGAAGUGUCUCAAGGAACAGAGCAACAAACCCAGCUGGCCAAAGCUGCAUUCAAACGAAUGAAGACCCUGAGGCAUCCCAACAUCCUGACUUAUGUCGAUGGACUAGAGACCGACAAGAGUCUUUACGUCGUAACUGAGCAGGUGACGCCGCUGGCAGUUCACCUGAAGGCCCAGUCAGAAAAUGGCGGUGCUGGCGAACUGGAGAUAUCAUGGGGACUGCAUCAAAUAGUGAAAGCUCUGAGUUUUCUGGUCAACGACUGCCACCUGCUUCAUAACAACUUGGGCAUUUGGGCUGUUUUUGUGGAUCGAGCCGGCGAGUGGAAGCUAGGGGCCUUGGAUCAUCUGGCUCCUGAGCAGGGCGACCCCAGCGGCGUGUCACUCCCCAGCCCAAAAGCUGUCAACCCGGACAUGGAGAAAUAUGACCCACCGGAGAUGCCAAACAACGGUGGAGAGAAAUGGGCAGGGGAGGUGUGGCGACUCGGCUGCCUGAUAUGGGAGGUGUUCAACGGGCCAUUACCUCGGACUUCCUCCCUUCGUUCGUUGGGAAAGAUUCCCAAGUCACUUGUCUCCCACUACUGUGAGCUGGUUGGAGCUAAUCCACGGGCUCGACCAAACCCGGCCCGCUUCCUCCAGAACUGUAGAGCUCCUGGAGGAUUCCUUAGCAACAGCUUCGUGGAAAGCAACCUCUUCCUGGAGGAGAUCCAGAUCAAAGAUCCAGCCGAGAAGCAGCAGUUUUUCCAGGACCUAAAUGAAAAUUUGGACUCGUUUCCUGAAAACUUCUGCAAACAUAAGGUCCUGCCUCAGCUGCUCACCGCCUUCGAGUUCGGCAAUGCAGGAGCUGUCGUCCUCACGCCGCUCUUCAAGGUGGGGAAGUUUCUGUCAGCAGAAGAAUACCAACAGAAAAUCAUUCCUGUCAUCGUGAAGAUGUUUUCCUCCACAGACCGAGCCAUGAGGAUACGACUUCUGCAGCAGAUGGAGCAGUUCAUUCAGUAUCUCAACGAGGCGGCGGUUAAUUCACAGAUUUUUCCUCACGUUGUUCACGGCUUCACAGACACCAACCCUGCCAUCAGAGAACAGACCGUUAAGUCUAUGUUGCUGUUGGCUCCUAAAUUGAGCGAGACCAACUUGAACCAGGAGCUGAUGCGACACUUCGCCCGGCUGCAGGCUAGAGACGAACAAGGCCCAAUCCGGUGCAACACCACCGUGUGUUUGGGAAAAAUUGCCUCCUACCUCAACGCUACGACCCGAGAGCGUGUUCUGAUUUCUGCCUUCUCUCGAGCCACCAAAGACCCGUUUCCUGCUUCACGCUCUGCUGGAGUGCUGGGCUUCGCUGCUACACACAACUACUACAGCGUGACGGAGAUCGCUGGCCGAAUCCUGCCCACCCUCUGUGCCGUUACUGUUGACCCUGAUAAAAAUGUCAGAGAUCAGGCAUUUAAAGCUAUUAAAAGUUUCCUUUCCAAACUGGAGGCUGUUUCAGAAGAUCCAAACAAGCUGGCUGAGAUCGAGAAGGAUGUAGGAUCGUGUGCUCAGCCUGCAGGUUCCUCCUCCAGUUGGGCCGGCUGGGCCGUGACUGGUGUCUCCUCGCUCACCUCUAAGCUGAUUCGCAACAAUCCAGGUACAGAGGGGAGCGUGGCAGCUGAGGGCGGUCGGGCAGCCAAUCCCAGUCCCAUAGGUGCCUCUGAUGGAGCUUCAGCCCCAAACAAAGAAGAUAAAACUCACCAAGCUGCCUCCGGUCGCACCGACCAAUCGGAGACUCUUGACGUCGCUGAGAAUGACGACGAGACAGCAGGAGACCGCUGGGAUGACGAGGAGGACUGGGGAAGUUUGGAGGAGCCGGAGAGAGCUCGCACUGAUGACUGGAACACCGACUGGUCAGGAACGGCAUUGCCCAAAAAGAAGACUGAUAACAGAGAUGCAGGCCGGUUGUCCACGUCCGCGGCGGUGAAAAAGCAGAGCUCAGACUGGAGCGGCUCGGGCUGGGACGCCGAUGACAGCUGGUCCAACGAGAAAGAAGGCCAGGGUCAGAGUUCAGCAGGCGAGGAUGGAUGGGGCAACGACUGGGGGGAGGGGGAGACGGACGUGACCUCUGCCAGCACGGCGGUCCACCUGCCUGAGGGCGUGCGGUUAGCCAGCGAGUACAACUGGGACAGCAGCAGCAGCUCGGGGAAAGGAGCCACGCAGAACGACCUGUUUGCCAGUUUGUCGCAGAGAAACACCGGCGCUGCCACGGCUGGAGAGGGCUGGGGUUCAGACACAGUUGGAGACUGGGGGACUGAGGAGAGCUGGGAGUCAGUAGAUGGAAGCCAGAAUCUCAGCAAGGCAGAGCUUUCCAAAAAGAAACGCGAAGAGAGGAGGAAAGAGCUGGAGGCGAAACGAGCAGAGCGUAAAGCUGCUAAAGGUCCUCUCAAACUUGGAGCGCGCAAACUGGACUGAGUUGGGUUCAGGUGGAACGGGGAGGUUGGUCCAUGAGUCGGAGUGGACUUCGUUGGAGUUCCACGAGCGUAAAGGACCAAAAGAAAGAAAGCAGAACGAUCGCUUUAACACGAAACAGAGGUUACUGUUGCCAGUGAGGGACUUCUAGGGUUGGAUUCUCUGUCUCGUUAAAUAACUGAUGAAGAUGAAGGCAGAGACAGAAACCCAGAGAGACUUGAAGCAGCACGGAGAAGCGUUAGUUUUACAAAAUGUUGCUGUUAUACAGUAAAUGUAAAUAACUGGUGCAUCUUGUCUUAAGAAG